AUGUUUGCGCUUUUAAUCAUCUUUUCGCACUCAAAAGAACAUUCUAUCGCAUCUAGAUCACGAAAACUAUCAUUACCUCAAUUUGGAUUCCUUCGUGGCGGUUCCAUUCAUGUUGAACUUAUAUCAGAAACUGCAGAAGAUUUCCGUUUUCAUAUGGUUCCAAGAGAUAGAUAUGAAAUUCAAAUCAGAAAUGAUUCUAAAUACUGUACAAUAAAGUAUGGAAUUAUUCCAAGAGUCAGAAAAGAGAUUUCUUCUGAUUUUAAAUAUAUCGAAUGGUACAAUCAGAUAGAAAUUUCCGGUGUAUAUCAACCAAUGAUCGUUGUAUGCUCAAAUGUUACUUCAGAAUAUCACGUAAAAUACGAUAUCAAAAAUCCAACAUUCGAUUUCGAUUAUAGAUACUUGAAGAGUGAUACAGUCUUCCUCAUUUUUGAUUGUCGUUUUAUUUGUUCUGCUGUUCUUGGAAUAUCGGCAUGGUAUUUAUAUCCAUCUUUCCUUAUUCCAAUCCAGCUUUAUACAACAUUAUUGGCAGUGUUAGCAGCAGUUUCUUAUGAUUUCAAUGCAUACAAGUAUCAGAAAAUGAUCAAAGAAAAUCAAUUCGUUAGCAAAAAAUUUGAAUUAUUAAAUGAUUCACUUUUGAUCCUCACAAUUGUCCUUUCUCUAAUAAUCGGGCAUUUAGUUAGUAUGGGCUAUUCAAUAAUUGCUAAAUCAAUCCAAUACAAGACCCAAUUGAAUGUUCUCAUUACACCAAUCAUAAUUGGUGUUUUUAUCUAUCUUAUUCAGCACGGAGAAGAUGAAGUACUGAAUAUUCUAUCGAUCAUCGCAUCCAGUUUUCCAAUUUGCUAUUACCUGUAUAAUAUCAUCAAUAACGUUGCAUAUUUACUUGAAGCAUCAAGCGAAGUAACAGAUAAUACGAUGAGUCUGAAGAUAUCCAUGACUUUAAAGGCAAUUUCAAUAUGGAUUUCUUCUUUAGUUUUCUGUAUCAUUUCAAUACCUCAAGAAAAAGGCCGCAAUUCAAUUAUAUUCUGGUCAAUAUCCCUUUUCAUACAAAUUGGAUGUCUCUCAAUUUACUUUGUGUUUUCUGGUGGAUAUGUUACAGAAGAUGAAGAAGAGGAGACAGUUGAUAAUGUAAUUUAUAUUGAAGACCCGAAUAAUGAUUCAAGAUUGAUGGUUCUGGAACCAUAA